CUAUUUUAAGGUUAUCUCUUACGUUUCUACUAUCAAAAUAUUGAGAUAAUUCGAUCAUAGUUUAAAAAGACCUAGGAAAUUAAUGUGAUAUUAUUUAUUAAACCAGCCAAAAUGAAGACCAGGUUUAACACGUACGAUAUCGUGUGUGUUAUAGCGGAAUUGCAACACCUUGUUGGUAUGAGAGUGAAUAAUAUAUACGAUAUCGAUAGCAAAACAUACUUGAUCAGGCUGCAGAGGAGCGAAGAGAAGCAAGUUUUACUGAUUGGAUCAGGGGAUCGUUUCCACAAAACAAGUUUCGAAUGGCCCAAAAAUAUUGCUCCAUCUGGUUUCAGUAUGAAGAUGAGGAAACAUCUUAAAAAUAAACGCUUGGAAUCUAUCACGCAAUUGGGAACCGAUCGAAUCGUGAAUUUCCAAUUUGGCUCGGGCGAAGCUGCAUAUCACAUAAUCCUAGAACUGUUCGAUAAAGGGAAUUUACUCUUAACUGAUUUUGAGCAUACGAUUUUGUAUGUUCUCCGUCCGCACACCGAAGGCGAUAAAUUUAGGUUUGCUACGAAGGAAAAAUAUCCUCACAACAGAGCGAGGGAAAGCGGAGUUAUAAGUAAAGAAAAAUUAUCCGAGAUAUUGGCUAGUGCCAAAGUUGGUGACCAGUUGAAGAAAGUUCUUGUAUCAAAUUUAGAAUAUGGACCUGCUAUAAUUGAGCAUGUUUUACUUAAACGUAACUUCCCAAACUCCACGAAAAUCGGAAAAAACUUGAACCAAAACGAAGAUAUCGAUAGAAUCCUAGAAGCACUGAACGAAGCUGAGGAUAUCUUCCAAAAUAUAAAACCUGAACAAAUCAAGGGCUACAUAAUACAGAAAAAAGAAGAACGUCCAACAUCCGAUGCAAAUUCCACUACAGUUUUCUAUUCCAAUCAAGAAUUCCAUCCAAUGCUCUUCCAGCAACAUUUAGAAAUGACACACAAAGAGUACCCGACGUUCAACGAAGCCAUCGACGAAUUUUUUUCAUCAUUAGAGAGCCAAAAAUUGGAACUCAAAGCUGUGCAACAAGAGAAGGAUGCCAUGAAGAAAUUAGAGAACGUCAGAAAAGACCACGAUCAAAGACUCGUGGCUUUGGAGCAAAUUCAGACCGUCGAUAAGCAAAAAGCCGAGCUGAUUACCAGGAACCAAGAAUUGGUCGAUAAGGCUAUUUUAGCUGUGCAAACGCUCUUAGCUAAUCAGAUAUCGUGGGAAGAUAUUACGGAUAUGGUAAAAGAGGCAUCGUUGAAAGGAGAUCCAGUAGCCUGUUGCAUCAAACAACUCAAACUAGAAAUCAACCACAUUAGUCUUCAAUUAACCGAUCCGUAUGCGGAAAGUAACGAAUCCGAUGUAGAAAACAACGAUAACCUACCAUCGAUGAUCAUCGAUCUCGACUUAGCUUUAUCCGCAUUCGCGAACGCGCGCAAAUAUUACGAUCAAAAACGAUCUGCUGCUAAGAAACAGCAAAAGACCAUAGAAUCGCAGAGCAAGGCGCUGAAAUCCGCCGAGAAAAAGACGAAACAAACCCUCAAAGAAAUGCAAACGAUAACGAACAUAAACAAAGCGCGGAAAACGUACUGGUUCGAAAAGUUCUUUUGGUUCAUAAGCUCCGAGAAUUACCUAGUUAUAGGCGGUAGAGACCAACAACAAAACGAGUUGAUUGUUAAAAGAUACAUGAAACCCACUGAUGCUUAUGUACACGCCGAUAUUCACGGUGCUAGCAGUAUAGUCAUCAAAAACCCCACGGGUAAUCCCAUUCCGCCUAAAACCCUCAACGAAGCGGGUACCAUGGCUAUUUGCUACAGCGUUGCUUGGGAAGCUAAAGUAGUAACAAACGCCUACUGGGUAUGGGGCGAGCAAGUCAGCAAAACCGCUCCUACCGGAGAGUAUUUAUCCACCGGUAGUUUCAUGAUAAGAGGCAAGAAGAAUUUCCUUCCCCAAUCGCACCUGAUACUAGGUUUAGGCUUCCUAUUUCGCUUGGAAGAUAGCAGCGUCGAUAGGCAUAAAGACGAAAGGAAAAUAUUAACUGCUAACGAGGAAGAUGCCGCUAUUCUGGCAGAGAUAGACAUGGGGAAAGAUGACGUAGAAGUGGAAAUUCUAGACGAAAGUGAUGAAGAUGAAUUAGCAGCGCAAUCUGAAAAUGCUGAUAACAAAGAAGUCGAAAAUGCUGACAAUAAUGAAGAAUCAACCGAUUCCGAUGAAGAGAAUAACAAAUUUCCUGAUACUCAAAUCAAAAUUCAGCAUUUCUCUGGAACCAAGAACAUCAUAACUGAAUCAUCGGAAAUAGCCAAUGAGGAAAAUAACGAAGAUCACGUAUUUUAUUUAGGUGAUAAUAAACCGGUUGUGAUAAAGUCCAAUCAGAAAAAUCGAAGCAGAGGGAACAGCGAAUCGUCUGUCAAGCAACAAAAAAAUAACGAAAAGGCCGAAAUUAAGAACGAUUUGAAACAGCAGCAAGUUAAAAGAGGCCAAAAAGGGAAAUUGAAGAAGAUCAAAGAGAAAUACAAGGAUCAAGAUGAGGAAGAGCGAAAACUAAGAAUGGACAUCUUACAGUCCUCAGGUACCGGUAAGGAAAAGGACACCAAAAAAGGUAAAAAGAAGAAAGACGGCUCGUCGGAAAAAGGUUCCAAAAAACCCCCAGUGAAAACCAUAAAAAAUUUCACCCCUAAAGAAAUAUCAGAAGACAACAUCGACGAUGAAGAUCUAACAAUUCAAACCGAUAUCGACAUGAUAGAUGCCCUCACGGGUAUCCCUGUCUCCGAAGAUGAGCUGUUAUUCGCCGUACCUGUGGUUGCUCCUUACAAUACUCUAUCCAAUUACAAGUUCAAGGUGAAAUUAACCCCGGGUACAGCGAAGAGAGGUAAAGCAGCCAAAACGGCGGUGGCUAUGUUCCUGAAGGAAAGGGCCAUCAUCCAAAGGGAGAAGGAUUUACUGAAGGCCGUGAGAGACGAACAGGUGGCGAGGAAUAUACCGGGCAAAGUGAAACUGUCCGCGCCCAAAUUGCAAAAUUUAAAAAAGUAACUGUGGUUUUGUUGUAUUAUAAAAAAAUGUUGAUUAAAUU